UAACCCUACGUAAUGAAGAAAUAAAGAGAAAAGCAAGAGAAAAAAAGAAACGAGAGAAACAGAAGCGAGAAUCGAAAAUGGAAUGGAUGAGAGAGAGUGUGGAUUCUAUCAGAUCCAUUCAGAUGCGGCAGCUCCUCACUCAGGCCGUUAGUCUCGGUAUGAUUGUUACAUCUGCACUAAUCAUUUGGAAAGCAUUGAUGUGUGUAACGGGUAGUGAGUCACCUGUGGUGGUUGUUCUAUCUGGCAGUAUGGAACCUGGCUUCAAGAGGGGGGAUAUUUUGUUUCUGCACAUGGGUAAAGAGCCUAUUCGCACAGGGGAGAUUGUUGUUUUUAAUGUUGAUGGCCGUGAGAUUCCAAUCGUUCACCGUGUGAUCAAGGUCCACGAAAGGGAAGAUACUGGGGAAGUUGAUGUCCUUACAAAAGGAGAUAACAAUUACGGGGACGACAGGCUUUUGUAUGCUCAAGGGCAACUCUGGCUGCAGCGUCACCAUAUCAUGGGCAGAGCUGUUGGGUUCUUACCUUAUGUUGGUUGGGUGACUAUUAUUAUGACUGAAAAGCCAAUUAUCAAGUACAUUCUUAUUGGUGCAUUGGGAUUGCUUGUCAUAACUUCAAGAGACUGAAGGAUGUAGGAAUUUGGAUGCUUGAGCGGAAAAUUCGAAGCAAACUAUUCCAGCAGAUACUGGUGUUGUGUGCUUGAGCUAUAACUUGUUUUUUAUAUCAUUUUUGUAAGUUAGACAGGAGAUAAUAUAAGUUAAACAAGAAAACUGAAAAGAUGGAAUUUAGGGAUUAAAAAGAUCUUUAAGAAGUUUAAAAAAAAGAUCUUUAAGAAUUUAAUAUUUAAAGUAUGAAUGAAGCAUGGAGUUUAGAAUUGCA